CUUCCCUACACAAUCUAUCUUUUGGUAAACUGGAAUCCCACGCGUAUAGAUCUCGAUCCAUAUUAUGUAUUGAUCUCGAGUGCUCCGUUGACAGCUCAACUAAAAGUGAAUUUAACGCUGACUGUAUCUAUAGCCUUCGAACGAAUACUGGUAAGCCAACAGUCCAUUACCUUGGGCAAUGCUCUACUCUUCCCUCUGACUUAUCGCGACUUGCCUUAUUCCCUGUACACAUCGAUUUGUCUGAUAACUGGAUUCCUGCUAGCCGCACUCGAUCUCGUUCUGGAAUUCCUACUCUCACCUUUCGUGGAAUCGCCAAAUUGUGCAGCGAUGGGAUGUUUUCUUAGCACAGACUUCCUUCACUACUGGGGGAUAAGUAAUGUGGUAAUGGGUUGUAUCAUAAUAGUUCUUACAAUUAUCCUCAUUAUAAAGCUCAAGCUUAUCCAGUCUGAAUCGAAAACGGCAAAUAUUUAUUCCGACAAUGGAGCGAGCAAAAUCAGACAGGCCAACCGUAUAGCUGGUGGAGCUCUUCUAAUUUCUCUGACGUUCGUCACAUUUCCAAGCAUUGGCGUCAGUUCAAUUGGCUUAUUGGGCUACUCUAUUUUUGGGACAGUAGGUCCCUUCUACAUAGUUGGACUACUCUGCUCUGGU